CCUCCUCACGGCUGGGGAAGGCAAAAGGGAGAAGCUUGUCUCUGCAGCUCGGGAACAAGGUUCUAGCUCACCUGAACCCCUGAAGAUGUUCCUCACCUGGGUCUCAGUCGUUGCAAUAUUUUCCACUCUCGAAAGAGCCAAUGGAGAGCCAGUGACCCAACCUGAUGCCCGAGUGACAGUAUCCCAAGGGGAACCGGUGCUGCUGAAAUGCACCUAUGACCCUUCCCAGUCUCCAAGGCUCUGGUGGUACGAGCAGCACCCAAAUGAAGCCCCUCGCCUCUUGCUGGGAGACUAUGAAGCAUUCAGUGAUGAGGAGAGAAGGAGCCGGCGGGGGUUCUCCGCCACACCCGACAAACAGGGGAAGACCUUCCACCUGAAGAAAAGCUCCAGCGAACUGCGCGACUCCGCCGUCUAUUACUGCGCCAUGAGCGACACAGUGAUUGCACCCAGCAGGGUCGCUGCACAGAAACCCGCUAGGGGAAGAGGAGGCGGCACUAAGGAGGUGUGGGUCAGAGCCCCAGAGGAACAGACUCUGCACAGCUCCAGUGGAGUCAGUGACUCCCACCCCGCGGGUGUGACUGUGCAGCGCUCCAAUGGGGUGAACGGGCCAGACCCCAGACUGCUGGGACUGGCUGGAGCUCAGUGGAAGCAAAUGAUCCAGUUCCUCAAAAUGCUUAAAACCAGCGAGGAAUUGCCCAGGAGUCAGCUGAGCUGCCCUGGUUCCUGUCAGCUGAGAUCCGAGCCCUUAAACUAG